UCUCACUAGAGUAAGAGGCUAAAGGUAAUCUUUACAUGACCCCAAAACACUAUCUGGGUAUCUUUCAAGCUCUCCUUUCACAAUUAUUUUCAAAGGUGGUUUUAAUGAAACAGAACUGGAUAUGACAUUUUCACACAAGAUUUCACACCAACUAGAAAGUCGGACAGAUUCUGUUUAAAUAUUCUCUGGUCACUACCUUAUCUGAUCUAGCUUUAUGAUUCAGAAGAGCACCUGCAUUUGUUCAGCUGUAGGGGGAAAGGGAGGAGGCCAUUCUCCCUUCCAGAGGUUUCUUCCUCCAGCAGGAAUUUCUUCAGUUAACACCAGGCAGGACCAGGAGGUGGACGAUGGAGCAGGCACUGUGCGGCCCUUGAACUUGAAGGUGAGCAGGAGCCGUGGGAGGGAGGGAAGGCAGGUGCUCUGGGUGGGAUGGACUUGAGUACAAGGCAGGAGGGCUGGGUGGGCAGGAGUUGUCAGAGGACGGCUCGGAGUAAAGGGCUGGGGCUUAGGGUGGAGUGGUGGGUAUGGACUCGGGGGAGGAUAAGCUUGGCAGAGCUGAGGCUGGUGGGAAGGCAGGGCUGGGCUGCGAGGGAUCCGAAUGCCCUGCUACAGCACUGUGUAGGUGGGAGUUUCCGCCUCUGGAGAGACCUGCAGCCGCAGUGUGGGGAGUGGCUCAGCGUCGCGGGGCCUGGGAGGCCAGGACAGAGGCUGUGAUGCAGGCCUGAGCUAAGCCAGAGGCUGCCAGCCUGGAGGACUCGCUGAGGGCAGGGCUUUCCUCCUGGAAGAUGGUCAGCAACGCAGGUCAGCGCCAGACUGUCUGUGCACGGGGCUGUGUGAUGCAGACACUCAGAAUCUUGCCCACCUGGCCUGGGCUGUCGCCUGCUUCAGCACCCACCACGGAGUCAGCCCCUCCACUCUCCUCCCUCCUUCCCAAGCCUUUCCUGGAGGAAGUAGGGGAUGAUGAAGCACCUCUGGGUGUGGCCAUGGCCUCCCACCCACAUGGGGACCUAGUAGCCUCAUCUCCAGGGCACAGGGACUGCAACAGCUUUGGUUUCUAAUGGGUGGGAGAGUGGGCGUGGGCAUCGCCUUGAACAGCUUAGUGUCUGUGAAACACCGUUCCGCAGAGACUUGGUGCAAGCAAAGGAGUCAAGUGCCAGAGCGACGAUGCAGAAAUUCAGGUGAGGUCCCAGGAUGGACUGUGUUCGUCUUUGCAUCUCUCCUUCCACAUCGUGGGCACAGCAGCCCAAUGGAUAACGAUUUUCAAAGGUUAGAACUAGAAAGGGCAACUGCAGCCUGUCUCCACCAUUUACAGGGCUUCAGAGGUAAUAAGGUGUGUUCCCAGUUAAAGGUGGGCAAACAGCAGAGCCUGACCAAGAUCCCCUCCUCCUGACAGAGUCCGGGACCCUUCUUUGGUUAUAUUCUGCUGCAUGAAACCAUGCAUUCUGUGUCUCUUUCAAGAUUCCCUGUGGAGUCUAGUACUGUUCUCUGAACUUGGAACCGGAAUCAACUGACCUUUGUCCUCAGGACAAAGACCUGGUUUACUAGCCCAGUCCAGGGACACCAAGGGAGAGUGGGUCUGAACUCUUGCUCUCUAAAGUGAAAAACUUCACAUCCUGCUCCACAGCCUGGGAGACACUGGCGCCCAGCUCACCACGGCAGCAGUGAAGGAUCAGAACAUGGAAGAAGUCUGGAAGCAAGUGUUCCAGGAAUUAAUUAGGGAAGUGAAACCAUGGCACAUGUGGACCUUGAAACUAGACAAAACCCUUCUUCCCAACAUCCUGAAGCCAGAGUGGAUACAAUACCAGCAUGGACCUGUGCCUGGUGAGUGGGGAAUGUGACGGUAAUAUUGCAGAAAAUUCUUGGAGGAACGGAGGCUAUUUUCUACCCAAGUUCAGAUCCUUUUCCACAUGCACUGGAGUGAGAGGGAAUCCAGGGGCCAGGAAAUGAGAGUCUUUUCCCAGAGAUGUCAGAAGUGCUCCCAGCCUUCUUUUGAGUUUCCUGAGUUCACAGAAAAAAACAUCUCAAGGAUCCUGAACAGCUUGGUGCGGAUUCUGAAGACAUGCUAUAGGGAAGGAUUUAUGUUGGUGGAGAUUCCUAUGAUUGAGGAAAUCUCUCCUGAAGGGCCGCAUGACAGAGACAACUGUGAGGCAUGUCUGCUGGGCUUUUGUGCCCAGAGUGGCUUAGGUCUGGUCGUGCGAUCACCAACGUCCCCAUCACUUCCCACAAUAAGCUGACCCACUCUCGGGUCUCAAAUGUCUUCUCCCCCAAGGAGUAGUGCCACAGCAGAUGCAAAGAAGUAAAAGAAGGUAUUACCCAGAACCUGGUUUUCUGAGCCCAUGCAGGCUGAGAGCCUCCCCACAUUCUGGGGCCCUACAGCAAACACCACCUUCCAGGAGGAGAGAAGAGACCAGGCCUCCCCCUCCAAUGAGGAUUUCUACUUCCACACAGCCCAGAAUCACAUGCACAGGAGCUUAGGCGUGUGUUGCUGUUGUCUCAUCCUGCUAAUCAUUGUCAUCGUGGUUGCUGUGAAAAUCACUAUCUGAGCCUCGAAAACAUGAUGCAGAGUUUAAAAAACUCAGACUCAGUCAUCCAUUGUAUAAUCCCAUUGAUGUGAAAUAUUCAGAAGAGGUAAAUCCAGAGACAGGAAGGAGGUUAGUGGCUGCCAGCCAUGAGGAUUGAGGGGAGUUGGGAAAUGGGGAGCAACUAUUUAAUCUGUGUCAGUAGCCUUAAGUGAACAGGCCAUGGGGCCCAGGCCAAAGUUCACAAUAGCUUGCACCUGG